AUGGACUAUUCCCACGACGAAGCGGUGGCCACCGUGGCCAGUCAAGUCCAGAGCUUCCACAGUCGCCAGCAACCAUUCCGUAUCUACCAUGGUUCUACUAACAGCACGCGCGACUCCCCUUACGGGCGCGACAACAUCGUCAACACCGCUCCUCUCACCCACGUUCUCCAGGUCGACCCGACCGCCCAAACGGUCCUAGCCGAGCCCAAUGUCCCUAUGGAUCAGCUCGUUCAGGCAACGCUGGCCCAUAAUCUCGUGCCGCUGGUUGUGAUGGAGUUCCCCGGCAUCACGGCCGGCGGCGGCUUCUCCGGGACUUCCGGCGAGAGCAGUUCCUUCCGCCAUGGCUUCUUCGACGCGACGGUCAAUUGGAUUGAGAUCGUACUUCCAAACGGCGAAGUGCGCCGAGCAUCGCAGAAAGACGACCCCGAGCUCUUCUGGGGCGCCGCCUCGGCCUUUGGCACCUUAGGCAUCGUCACGUUGGUCGAGAUUCAGUGUCGUCCGGCCAAGCCAUUAGUGGAACUUACCUAUCACUCUGCUGCAAGCAUGGAUCAGGCCAUGCAGGUCUUUCGAACCGCUACGGCUGACCAGACAAUUGAGUAUCUCGACGGCAUCGUCUUCGCCAAGAACCACGUUGUCGUCUGUGCCGGACGCCUCGUAGAUUCUCCGCCCGAAGGUGGUCCUGUCCAACGUUUCACGCGUGCGCAAGACCCCUGGUUCUACAUCCAUGCGCAGCGCCGCAGUCCUGCACCCUCCGCUGGGUCCAACACGCCGCCAUCCGUUACUCAUUAUAUCCCGCUGGAAGAUUAUCUAUUCCGGUACGACCGAGGUGCAUUCUGGACGGGCCGCUUCGCCUACCAGUACUUCUUGACCCCCUUCAAUCGCAUCACCCGCUACAUCCUGGAUUUCUUCAUGCAUGCUCGCGUCAUGUACCAUGCACUGCACCAGAGCGGAUUGUCCAGCUACUUUAUCAUCCAGGACGUUGCUGUGCCGUGCGGAGGCACGACCGAAUUUAUCGACUGGCUGGACCACAAGGACUCGUUCGGUUCCUAUCCCAUCUGGCUGUGUCCGCUGCGACAUUCUGAGGGCGUCAUGUCGCGCAGUCGGGACCUGUCUGACGCAAACACGGAGACAAACUCCGAGACGGAUGACGGGUAUAUCAUGAACUUUGGCUUGUGGGCGCCGUCCCCAUUCCACAAUGAUCGACAAGCAUUCAUCGCGCAGAACCGUCGGCUGGAGGGCAAGGUGCGGCAGCUGGGCGGCAAGAAGUGGCUAUACGCUCACGCGUACUACACCGAGGAUGAGUUCUGGUCGAUCUACAACAAAAAGGAGUAUGACUCGCUGCGUGCUAAAUAUCAUGCCUCGUAUCUGCCAGAUCUGUAUCAGAAGGUGCGGGUGAACCUAGUGCCUGGCAACGGCAGUCAGUCGUGGGAGAGCUGGAUGCGAGGCCUGUUCUGGAGCGUGUGGCCUGUCUCGGGACUGUACGGGGUGUACAAGGCGUGGCGAGGAGGAGAGUAUCUGAUUCGAAAGCAUAAGUAA